AUGAGCAGUCGUGGAAAUCAAAAUGGCCGUCGGCCACCGCUGCCCGCCCAGCCUCCAAUAUGUCCUCCACCUCCACCACCUCCUCCUACAGUCCCGUGGACUGUGGCUCCUCCUUCUGCAUCAGUAUAUACAGCACCUCCACCACCACCACCUCCACAAAGUACACCUAUACUUUUCCCAAUAAAUCAACCACCUCCACCUCUGCCAGUAAUGUUUGAUACUACUAGGCCUCCACCACCAUUACCAACAACUAAAAGUGGUGCUGGGAAGCAUAAAUCACCAAAUUUAUUUGAAGCUGGACCAAGCAAAAUAAGGAAGCCAAAGGACAACAAUGUAGCAGACGCGCAUUGCGCAAACACUGUUGAAAACAUGAUCAGGAUUCAUAGGCAAGAUUUGAAUAAACUUCGCCGUGAAAAUGAGUAUGAAAUUUUAAUAUAUAAAAAGCAACUGGAAGAAUAUGAAACUGAAAAAGAUUUUCUGAGGAAGAAAGUUGCCAAUGCUGAUCUAUUUCGGAUUUUAGAAGAGUACAUUGAGAACGGUACACAAAUGCAAUUACCUGAUGAUAUUUGGCAGAUGAUUUGCCAAUUCGUCCAAAUGACCAACCGAGUAAAUGAUAAUUCGGGGCAAGAAGGGACUGACUCA